AUGUUGCGUCGAGUUUGUGCUGUUGCAGCUUGUAAAUACCCACGUGUAGCUGGUCUUGGUCUAUGUUUCUACUCGAGUACUUUACAAGUCCCCCAACGACAGCAGAGGCUACUGAAUUUCUUGAAUACAUUCAAGAAGACCAAGAGAAGAAAGGAUGUUUCUGAUGCCACGCAUCCCAGUAAUAUUACAGUACUUGAGAUCAAGCAAUUUUUACAAGAAUAUGCCAAAGAAAGCGGUUCAGAUAUAUUGUUUGAGGAUAUUUGUAAUCAGUAUGAUAUCAUCAAGGCAUUUCUACCAGCACAGCGACAAGAACAUGUCCUCUCCAACAUUAAAGUUUGGCGCACCACUUGCAAUGGAGACGGGAUAGCAAUAAUACCCAAGUCAAUGUAUUGUUUUGAGUAUACAGAUUCUGAAAGCAUUUUGGACAAGUAUACCAUAGUUCUAAUUCCCAAGACAACCACGGGCGAUAAGGUUAGGGUGUUGUUAAAGAUGCAUCACGAGUUUUAUGCAGAAGGCGAGUUGAUCGAGGUGACUAAUGCAAAUUCCAAGCAUUCAAAGAGGAACGACGAGUUGGUGUUGUGCAAGCACUUUCGAGAGUGCAAUGGCUGCCAAUUGCAAAUGUUGUCUUACGAGGAGCAGCUCAAGUUCAAGCAAGAUGUCAUAAAAAGGGCAUUUUCCUAUUUUUAUCCUCAACUAUCAAUGAAAUCCAACUUUGGUACGGUUGUAGGAUCUCCGUUGCAAUAUGCAUACAGGACGAAAUUGACGCCUCACUUCGAGGUAAGAGACGGCAAGAACACGAAAUUGGGAUUUAAGCAUGUAAAUAAUAGAGGAAAGUUGGACAUUGAGCAUUGUCCUAUUGCCACUGUGGAGAUAAAUGAAAAAUUGUCAAAGGCUAGAGACAAGUAUUUGAAUGAAGCCCCAAUGGGACAACUCACAUUACGACAGAGCUUAAGAGUUGAUCACGGUACUGGUGAAUUUAUUCCAAUAGCACUUGAGGGUCAAGAUAAAGUUGUAGCCGAGAGAAUUGAGGAUUUUGUUUACCAGUUUGGUUCAAAUUGCUUUUUUCAAAACAACAGUUCUAUAUUGUCUUUGGUUUUAGAUUUGAUCCGUUAUCAUUUGAAACAGUUGUCCAAACCAGUAACAAAUAUAGUUGACACGUAUUGCGGUGUUGGUUUUUUUGGUAUCGCAUUAUCACAGUUGCAUCCGGAGAUCAAUGUGUUUGGCAUCGAUGUGAGCGAGUGGAGCAUAAAAUAUGCACAGCAUAAUACCAAGUUGAACGGAUUGGAUCCAAAAAGAAUUCAGUUUAUUUUAGGUGACGCUUCAAAGAUUUUCCAAAAUGAAGAUUUUGAAAAAGCCGGAAUAAAAGGUGAAGAUAGCGUCGUUAUCAUAGAUCCGUCAAGGAAAGGAUCAAAUGAAGCCUUUUUAAAACAAUUAGUCCAAUUCAAUCCUGCAAUUAUCAUUUAUAUCAGCUGUAAUGUGUUUACACAAGCUAGAGAUUUGGCUACAUUUGAAAAACUACAAGGUGAGAAUGUAAAGUAUGUUUUGGAGAAUGUUGUGGGUUUUGAUUUCUUCCCCCAAACAAAACACGUUGAAUCUGUGGCAAUAUUGAAAAGAGUUUGA